AUGAACCCCUCGGAUCGACGAGGUCGGGGCCAUCCCCGUGACGGCCGGCAAAAUUAUGCCAAGCCUCCAACUACCCGGAUGCGACGCGGGGAAAAGGAACCCUCACAGCCUCUGCGGGCUUCCGGCGAUGGCAGCGUUUCAUUCGACUGCUACCCGACAGAGUUAAUGAACCAACAGAUCGCCGGGACAACGACGGCCCACGAGGGUGGAGACAUAGUUCCAUCUGCCGAUAACCCCGCCGUGACCCAGGGGCUCGGCGGCAAUCUGGGCGGCCAGGGUGAGAUGGGCUCCUUCGAGUACUUUGACCAGCCUCAGAUGCCGUCAACCCCCGUGGGUGCCCCUGAACACCCUGAAGCAUACAGUGAUGCUUCGGUGGGCGUGCCCAUCCAAGGCUGCCUGACCCAUGAGAACCUAGCCCAGAUGGGGUACGUUGGCGAUGGAGGUGAGGUGGAUGGCGGGAUGUCGUCGAGUUUGCCGUCCUCGACAACCACGAUGCAUGUCGGAUAUGGGUCAGACCCAAGGUGGUCCGAGGAAAUUUUGCUGCAACCCGUGAGAUCGGCGGAGUCGAAACGUGCAGCCCGGAGGUCGAGAAAAACCUCCACCAUCGCGUUUGCCCGCAAGGCCCACCAAGAACAUCGCCCCAAGUUUUCGGAAGUCGACGCAGGUGGUUCGAAGCGGGUGGACGACUUGUUGCUGAGGGACUCGGGUCGGACCAACCACUGUGGCCGGGCGAUGGGCUGGCACGACGACCCCAUUGGUCCGACCCACUACCCAUCUGAGCUCCUCGAGUCCCCAGAAGACCUGAUAUAUGAAGAAGCUUGGGGGCCAGAUGGGGAGGGGUGGGACCAACAUCCUCAAUAUAUCCCAUGA